ACUUGACACACUUAAAAAUUGACAGUUACAUUUAACCAAAAAAUGUGAGAGGGAAGGUUUUUAGUGUUAAAAAUAAUAGAAUUUGUACCUGAAAAUUGGUUUUAUCGCUGUAUUUAUGUUUGGAUGUAAUUAUGCCCGCGUCUAUCGGUGUUAAUUUGCGUGUGACUGGCAACUGCUGCCAAGGCGGGAGGAAGUACAUGGAAGAUUUUUUUUCUGUUGCUUACCAACAAACUGAGGAUGAGAGGGAUCUCGAGUACGCUUUUUUCGGCAUAUACGACGGUCACGGGGGUGCGGAGGCCGCGCUGUACGCCAAGGAGCAUCUGAUGGAGUUAAUUGUUAGGCAGAAGAAUUUCUGGAGCGAUAACGACGAGGAUGUUUUGAAAGCGAUUAAGGAAGGGUACAUAGCAACCCACUACGCUAUGUGGAAGGAGCAAGCCAAAUGGCCGAAAACACCGUCCGGACUUCCGAGUACGGCCGGCACGACCGCCAGCAUAGCGUUUAUACGGCGAGGGAAAAUUUAUAUCGGUCACGUGGGCGAUUCUGGAAUAGUCUUGGGUUACCAAAACUCGGAUUCGCCGGAUUGGUUAGCGAAACCGCUAACGAAGGAUCACAAACCGGAAAGCGCCGGUGAAAUACAACGGAUUAAGCAAUGCGGGGGGAAGGUGGUUUCGAAAUCCGGUGUGCCUCGGGUCGUGUGGAAUCGUCCACGGUUGGGACACCAAGGUCCGAUCCGUCGCUCGACCCCGAUAGACGAAAUUCCGUUUCUGGCGGUCGCGCGCAGUCUCGGCGACCUGUGGUCGUACAAUUCUCAGCUGGACGAGUUCGUGGUGUCGCCCGAUCCGGACUGCAUGGUGAUCCCGAUCGAUCCGAACUCGUUUCGGUGUCUAAUUUUCGGCACGGACGGCCUCUUCAACAUGCUAAAGCCGCAGACCGCCGUGUGCAUCGUGCACGGCGCGGAGAGGCACAACGAAAUCGCGGCGUUAAGCGACGACCGAAGCAAAGUGUGGAUCAAUCCGAGCAAGUUUCUGGUGGAGCAUGCGUUAGAUCGGUGGUCCGUGAUGAGAAUGCGCGCCGACAACACCUCGGUCAUCACUCUCCUGCUCGACCCGCCCGGCCCGCCGCGUGCCGAGGUGCUGCAAAAUCGCAAGUGCAAGGCGUAUCCGGAUAGCGGGCUAGAGAUAGUAACCCGCUUCGAGGGCGGCGCGGAGGCGGCCCCCAAGCGACCGUUCGCCGACGAAGACAAGCCGAACGUCGAUCAGAACAUCCAAGUCAACAGUAGAGAAGUCGGCGAGGCGACGACGUCCCUGAAACCCACAUGCGAAAUUAGUACAAAUACAGAUCUAGAACGGAACAUACCAAAGAGUCGCGAGAGUCUGAGCUACGACGUGCGCGAACCCGAAAACGUCCAAAUCCACGAGAUCUCGUCGAGCUCGAACGACGAGGACGCGCCCGAGACGACGAAGACCAGGCCCAAGAUCGACCGCACGUGCAAGAAGUCGAUAACGCAAACGCUCAAGAUCCAGAAGAAGUCCAAAAAAUUGAAGGAGGAGGUUCUCGCCGUGCGACAGCUCCGGGUGCGGACGAGGUCGGGCGCCGCGACCGCCGAAAAGGUGUGGACGAACGCGUCGAUUUUCCUGCGGAAACGGAAUGUGCUUAGAACGUCGCGGUUGGAGGGACCGUCGCGCGCCCGACGGAGCAACUUGGAGAACACGAAGAAGAACGAGACGAAACAGAAAAAGGAAAGCGUACAGAAACGGUUACGCGGCCGACCGUUGGAGAUGAAGAACAACGUAGGAUAUCUACCGAGAUACGGAUUAAGGAAGGACUUUAGUAGUAGUAGGUAGAGGAGGCGUACGAAGAAUUCUUGUGUAUUUUUACAAUUUUAUUUUUGCAUUAAUUUUAAGUCAAUUUUAUUUUGUACGAUAAGGAGUUUUUAACAAAAUUAGUUCGUAAGAUUCAAGACUUUGGUGCCUUUUUGUUAGUUUUCGAAAUUUUACCGAGCGGAAUCGUUUAUUCACGUUCAAUAAAGAAGAACCUAAUGCAUAUUUUCUGUAAUAAAAAGAGAACAAAAAUAGGAAAAUAAAAAUUAUUUUGUGACA